GAAAUCUCAUUGGAUUGGCGGAGCCUUGGUGUCAUUUGACGCCCUAUUAGCUACAUUUAUUUUCAGUUGCAUCGGGUUGGUGGUUGCAAGUCUUCUGCUUAUAUCCCGGCGGCUUGCAUCGUAGGGUUUGAGGGGCGGUUGCUGGAGAGCGGAGCCGGAGGUGGCGGAUGAGCAGUUGCUGAAUCAGGAGGCCUUGUUCCAGAAUGAUGGAAUCAGUAUCGAACGUCACGAUACACCCGUGUGAUGACUCCAAAUACAUCAAACCAGUCAGGCUACGCUACCAACAGAAUGGUGUGCCAAAAGUAUGGGAUGCUAUGAAAGUUCAUGACAGUGUUUGCGUGCUCAUCUACAACAAGACCCGACAAGUGUUAGUACUCGUUAAGCAAUUCAGGCCAGCUGUAUAUCUGAGUAUGUCAAUGGAAAAAGAAGAGGAUGGAGUCAAAACGAUCGACACGGAUGAGUUUCCAGGGUCACUGGGUGUGUCAUUUGAGUUGUGCGCUGGUCUGAUCGACAAAGAUGAAAGCCCACAGGUAACUGCCAAAAAGGAAGUGCUGGAGGAGUGUGGGUAUGAUGUGCCGCUGGAAAACUUUGAGCGGGUGACGUCCUAUAGGUCUGGAGUGGGUAUAUCUGGAUCAAAACAGACCCUGUUUUAUGCUGAGGUCACUGAUGACAUGAAGGUUGGGCCGGGUGGACUUGCACAUGAAGGGGAACUGAUUGAGGUGGUUGAACUUCCACUAGCACAAGGUCGAACUUUAAUGAUGGAUGAAAGUAAAACCAAACCUGUGGGACUCAUGUUUGCCUUAAUGUGGUUUUUUGACAAGUAAUGUGUGCUAUGUUAUCGCUUUCAUCAAUUUAAGACAUGUUUUCUUUGGCACUUUCAAAACUUUUUGUCUGGUAUAUAUGUGAUGGGCAUCAUUUUUCAGAUCAAGUGGACCAUUCACAAUUUUAAAGGACACCUCCAGAAGUAUUUUACAUUUCAUUAUAUUGUGUCAUUUCUCUUUUCCUACAGUUCUGGGUUUGUCACUUUAAUAUAUGUAUUUUAUAUUAGGCAGAUUUCAUUCUUUAAGCUUCCAACUUUUCUGAUGGUGCAUCCAUUCACAUGGUGUGAUUUGUAGUUCCACUUUGUAGGCUGUCUCAGCAGACAUAAAAUUUUAAUCACAUGUUGCGAUUUACAUGGAACAGUGCAUGUUCGUUUUGGUGUGUGACUGGUUUGGUACAACAGCAUGUUUCUACAUAUUUUAUGUCUGAAUGCAGUUUUAAUGGCAUGUUUUAGUGUUGACAUUUUGUAUGAAGGGUGAAAAUUGCUCUGGGUUUUUUCAUUUUUCACCAUUGAAAUCUAUGGUGACUGCUAUCUGGCUGUUAUCACUAAUUUAUGGAAGAAUACUAAUCAGCUGUAGAUAUCAAAAGCGCCACCAACCGCCUUGUACUUUUAAUAUGAAUCCUGUCCAAAUGUUGAAAAAUCUUCUUUUUCAAUAAAAGAAUUCUUACAGACAUUAGGAAAGUGAAAAGGUGUUUAGUAUGUGUGAACAUCAGUCAAGUAAGUCAAUAAAGAAUACUGUUUGUGUGAAAUUAAGGGGACUGACAUCUGUGUAGGAGACAUGUCAAUGUGUGAACAAGGUCAUGCUUCCUUAAAAGACAUUUACAAGCAAGAUGUGAUAAACACUUGGAAGAUAUUUAUUAUGGGUUAUAACAGAUCUCUAGAUUAAUAACAUGGAUAAGAUUUAAGAUAAGGGCACAAUAUUACUCACAAAAGACCAUCUGAUUUGCAUUAAUAAUGCUUGAAUGAUUCUUUUUUUUUUUCAAAUAAGUAUUUUCUUAGAAUCUCAUCAAGGUAGAAAUGUUGAAUGGUUCCAACUUUCUAGUCUUUAAUAACUUCAUGGUUUGACACUAGUUGAAAACGAGUGCCUAGGUGAACAUGUGUAUCAGAUUAUUGACUUUUUCUGAUCAUGCAUCUGUUUUGUUACUCCAAUUUAGGUGUUUGUUUCUAUAACUGUUAUAGAUACUAGAGACUCCUCUACAGAAUACAUCCUCAUCUUUCCACUUACAUAUUUUUACAGUUUUCUAAACAUUCCUAGGAUUUGUUGUGUAUGGUUUUCAAAUUCUAGGUGGAUGAGUUUGUGAUAAAUCUGUAAUAAAGUUUGUUGCUUUGUUGAGAUGUGUGUUUUGAAGUCUAUUUAAUGUCAAACUCUUUUAUGUAAAUGAGUCAAUGUACCAGAAUAGAAGGGAAGAUGCAAUGAUUUGGUAAAGGAUGGCACAUAUAGGCCUAUGCUAUGAUUGUGUAUCCGUCACUCAGGGUCAGUUUUCUAUUGCAAUACCUGUAUACAUGUACUACCUAAGUGGAAGCAAGAUUAGAAAGAACAACAGACUUGAAAGCUUUGAUCUGGAUGGGAUCACCACUGUGUCAUACUUCCAUCAUCUAGUGUUUAGAAUGAAACAUUGUUGAAGGGAUUAAGAGACAAUGUAACCUAGCCCUUGACAAAUGAGGUCAUCAUUUCGGGGAUUAGGAGACGAUGUAAC